AUGGCGGCGAUGAAGAGCUUCUCUUUCCCAUAUGAUGGUGACAUGGUGAAGAUUUCUGUCAGAACAUGCAUAGGAUUUUUCAUUGAUUUGACCAACGUUUCCUCAAAUAAGAUUUGUAUGGUGCCAACUGAUUCACAACAAUGCCUUCGUAACAUCACUCUUUGGAAGGAGUAUUGGAAAAUAACUCAAAAGUUUGUAAAGCAUCGAUAUAAGUUGCUUUUUCGGUUUGACACGGAGGUUAUUCCAAUUUCUGAUGUUGAGUUUCCAGAGGCUUCAUAUUCAUUAGAGACUGUUGAAAGUGUUGUUCAGAUGGGACAAGAUUCAGUCUACUUGAUCGAUGUCAUGGGUUUCCUGAUAAGUGUUCGUGACUAUUCUGAUGUUGAACUUGACGAUGGAAAAAAAAUGCGGUUGGCUCUUAUGAAUGCUGUCUCGCAACCGGCAAUUAUUUUACUCCAAUCUGUCAAGGUCAAGAUUUAUGAAGGAAAGAUUGUAGUUCAAAAUGUAAUAGAUUGUACCAAAAUUAUGAUCAAUCCUGAUAUUCCAGAGGCUGUAUGUUUUAUUACUAGAUUGGAUCCUUCGGAGUCAUAUUUCAUUAACUCUAUCACGCUUGGUAAUGGAUUUAUUGUUGCUGAUGUCGAUGAUGAUUUUGUCAAUCUCUCUAUGAAUAGGAAUAUUAAGGAAUUAAGAGAAAAUGAUGCGGAUGGUUUCUUCAAUGUUGUUGCUAAGAUUAAAAGUAUAUGCAACAAUUUUGAUUGGUGGUACUACUCAUGUGUCUGUGGUUAUCCUUUGGAGCUUUUUAGAAGUCAUUUCAGUUGUUCCGAAUGUGGAAGGAAAAUAAAGAAUGCUGUGAAGAAAUACAAGGUUUUAGUAGAUGUUGAGGAUGCUACUGGAAGUGCUAGAUUUGUUUUGUAUGACCGUCCUGCAGCGCUCUUAUUCAGGAAAAAGUUCAUUGAGGUUCUUCGGGAUCUUGAUGCUGAGCACUCGGUUGUGUAUGCAACCCCUUAUCCACCAUUCUUUGAUGAUGUAAUUGGAAAGGAAGUUGUGUUUAAAGUAGACCAAAAAAAAGUUAGAAAUAGACCAAAUAUUGGGACAUUUAAAGUAGUCAACUGUUCUGAUGAUCAUGUGAUUGUUAACAAAUUUAAGACAGAUCCUGUUUCCAGUGUUAGUAGUUCCAUUCCAUACUUUUACUUUGGACUUUGUUUACCGUAA